GAGAGGGAGCCGGGGAGGAAGAGGGAGAGGGCGAGGCGCGCCUGGCGGCCGGGUUGGCUGCGGCCGCCCAGAGGCUCCUGCCAGUCCAACCACCGACUACACCCCGGGAAGGAGGAGCUUCGGGCGCGCACAAGGCGUCAGAAUCCUCAAUUUCCAACUUAGCAUCUUGGCAGGACCUUUGCGAAGCCAAAAGCAGAGCCCCCCAGUGCAAAGAGAGAGGGGGAAAAAGAGAAAGCAGCAAGGGAGGGGGAGAAACCCAGCCGGGCCGAGAGAGGCGCGCACCGGAGCGGGCUCGGCGGUCGCAGUCGGAGGCGCGCGGGAAGCCACCGGGGAGGUGCUUCGAGCCGGAGCUCGGGAGCCGGGGCCCGGGGAGCGACGGCCCGGGGCAGCCGGAGGCCAGGUGCCUGCCCGCUCGCCCUCGCAGGGCGCCGCCGGCUCGUUGGCGGCCGCGGCGCGGCGCGCCCCAUGCCCGUGCGUGGCCAUGUCCUACCCGCAGGGCUACUUGUACCAGCCGUCCGCCUCGCUGGCGCUCUACUCGUGCCCCGCGUACAGCACCAGCGUCAUCUCGGGGCCCCGCACGGAUGAGCUCGGCCGCUCGUCGUCGGGCUCCGCGUUCUCACCCUACGCCGGCUCCACCGCCUUCACGGCGCCCUCGCCGGGCUACAACUCGCACCUCCAGUACGGCGCCGACCCCGCCGCGGCCGCCGCGGCCGCCUUCUCUUCGUACGUGGGUUCUCCCUACGACCACACGCCGGGCAUGGCGGGCUCCUUGGGGUACCAUCCCUACGCGGCGCCCCUGGGCUCCUACCCUUACGGGGACCCCGCGUACCGCAAGAACGCCACGCGGGACGCCACCGCCACGCUCAAGGCCUGGCUCAACGAGCACCGCAAGAACCCCUACCCCACCAAGGGCGAGAAGAUCAUGCUGGCCAUCAUCACCAAGAUGACCCUCACCCAGGUGUCCACCUGGUUCGCCAACGCGCGCCGGCGCCUCAAGAAGGAGAACAAGAUGACCUGGACCCCGAGGAACCGGAGCGAGGACGAGGAGGAGGAGGAGAACAUCGACCUGGAGAAGAACGACGAGGACGAGCCGCAGAAGCCCGAGGACAAGGGCGACCCCGCGGGCCCCGAAGCAGGAGGAGCGGAGCCCAAAGCGGCUGCGGGCUGCGAGAGGCUGCAGGGGCCGCCCACCCCCGCCGGCAAGGAGACCGAGGGCAGCCUCAGCGACUCGGAUUUUAAGGAGCCGCCCUCCGAGGGCCGCCUCGACCUGCUGCCCGGGCCCACGCGCACCGGCGGGCCCUCCCCGGGGGCGCGGCUGGCCGAGGACCAGGGUCCUCACUACCCUUCGGGCGCCCCGGCGCCAGGCCCACAUCCAGCCACCGGGGAACUGCCGCCCGGCCCCAGCGGGCCCUCGGUCAUCCACUCCCCGCCGCCGCCGCCGCCCCAGGCGGUGCUCGCCAAGCCCAAACUGUGGUCUCUGGCCGAGAUUGCCACAUCCUCGGACAAGGUCAAGGACGGGGGAGGCGGGAGCGAGAGCUCUCCAUGCCCACCUUGCGCCGGGCCCAUCGCCGCGCAGGCUCUCGGAGGCAGCCGCGCCUCGCCGGCCCCUGCACCGUCACGCUCGCCCUCGGCGCAGUGUCCCUUCCCGGGCGGGACGGUCCUGUCCCGGCCUCUUUACUACACGGCGCCCUUCUAUCCGGGCUACACGAACUAUGGCUCCUUCGGACACCUUCACGGUCACCCUGGGCCCGGGCCAGGCCCCACGACCGGUCCGGGCUCGCAUUUCAAUGGAUUAAACCAGACGGUGUUGAAUCGCGUGGACGCUUUGGCUAAAGAUCCGAAAAUAUUGCGGAGCCAGUCCCAGCUAGACCUGUGCAAAGACUCUCCCUAUGAAUUGAAGAAAGGUAUGUCCGACAUUUAACGACAUUUAACGCGGGCUGCGUCGUUCCCGGACUUUCCUAAUUUAUUUAAAAAAACAAAAAACAAACACAUGGCCUUGGCAGUUAUUUUUCCAUCAACAAGAGAGAAAAAACUACCCCUCCUAUUAAAAAGUUUAUAGUUGAUGGAGAUGGAUGACAUAAAAAUGUAAACAUCUCCACACAUGCGCGCACACACACACACACACACACACACACACAAAUGUCUUAACCCACCGGAAAGUUAAAAUAAGGAUUUGUAUUAAAUCUUAUUCUGUAUAUUUAAUGUAGCAUUUUGUAUUUAAAUUGAUAAUUCAAUAUCUUUGAAGUAAAUUAUGAAAUUAAGACACCUAUACAGGCAUCUAAUGGUUUUUUGUAAUAUAAGUAUAUACAUUUGUGUUCCACCCCCCAAAAAAACUGUUUCAUAGUUUAAAAUACAAGUUUAAUUUAAUUUUUUUUACACCUAUUGAUUUUUUUUCUGGGUAUGAGCUAAAGUAUUAUUACAGAAAGGAAUCAGGUUAUACUCUUAGAUUUAAAAAGUAAAAAGAAACUGCAGCCGCCUUUGUAAAAUGCAAAGUAUUUAAUUAAAAGAGAUUUUAACAUAA